AUGRUCGAGAAGAUGCGGUACUUCAAAGACUGCAAAAUAUGAGCUGUAACCACUCAACCUCAUCAAACAUUUCUUGUAGUAUUUGGUGAAUUUGAAAGGCUUUAUUUUCUCAUAUUUUCAAUGGAUUAUUCUGAACCUGKUGAAUUUAUUAAUCUAGUAGGCCAUUUGUUUCAGUGGUGGUAUUGUUCUUGAUUUUGCGAUGGCUGAGUUCUCCGUGAUGGUUUACUGAAUCCAGGUAUGCAUUAUUGAAUACUCAUCAGACAAAAUGAAAAACAACAACAUCGGUUUCAAGAGAAAAAUAAUUUGGAGAUGAGUAUCAUAAUUAUAACCAUCCUGGCCAAAUUCUAUCCAGUCUUGGUAACUUCUUGGAACUUUCAAGCCAAUCAAAACAAGCCGAAUGUAUAUCUUAGAAAGUUAUGGUCCAUUACACUGUACAAAAAUAUACCCAUAUUUGGUUAUGUAAUAAUAAAAGAGUGGACAGUUUCUAUUUUUAAGGAAACGUAUCUGCACAUUACGUCUACAUUAGUUGUUUUUAUUGGUGGRCUACGUGUAAACAACCCAUUGAUGUAGAAGACAUUACAAGAGAAGGACCGAGGUAGACACAUAAGUCACUUCACAAUAUUCUAAGCUUCCUUGAAAGAUUAUUCAAUGGAGUAUUGGAAGAGGACUUAGCUACAUGUAAACCCACUUAUCAUUUGUGAUCAAAAGUGAAUCAAGAUGGCAACGGGAUGGUCCACAGUCAGAAAAGAAAACACCAACUAUGCACUAUUGUGUAUCUUGUUGAUCGAAGGAGGAACAAAGGUCCUUAGAAAUAGUUUUGAUGCCAAACAUCCACCUCUCAAUCUGAAGAAACAUCUAUUGGAUCAUACCAAUAAAAAACGCUUGAAUAGUUUGAAGAAAUCAAAAAAGCUAAGGGUAGAUCAGUGGAGUAAGCUAUAUCCAACUGUAGGGACGGUAACAUCUGCAAGUUUUGACAUAACUCUUUUAAGUUUGCUGUUGAGAAAUAUCUGCAACUUACCAACACCUGCCAAUGGAUGGGACAAGGAGCCUGCAGCAGUAAGUGUAAACCUAGAAGAUGACAUAGUGAGAUUGAGGCUAUUUCGUAAUCAAGUSAGUCACUUCUCUAAUCCAACUGUAUCAGAUGCUGAUUUCGCCAAGUACUGGAAAGAUAUUGAAACUGUUUUGUUAAGACGUGGUGCAAGCAAGGAAGAAAUUGAGAACUUAUCAAGACAAUCAUUCGAUCAGGAUGAUGAAAAAUACUAYAUUAAAUGCUUGGAAGAAUGGGCUGACAAUGAAGAAAGAAUUUUAACGGCAGUAAAGAACACAGAGCAGAUAUUGCGAGAYAAAACAAAUCCAAUGCUGGUUAAAAUCGUUGAAAAUACAGCUCCGUGUCAAGAGAAACCACUUCAAGUUCAAGAUGUUGAAUUGUAUUCCACAAACCUCAAGGAAGCGAUAAAAGAGAARACGAACAUACAACCAAAAGGGCUAAAUCAAUCAAGAGUGAAAACAGACGAUAUUUACACUACAUUGACUGUUCACCAGGGAAAACUAGAAUUUCGACCCGCUUGCAGCACACAGAAUGAAAUCAAGCAGUUCGGUGAGAUAUUUGUUGAAAGGAAAGAGAAAGUCUAUAAGUCAAUUUUGGUUUCUGGUGAACCGGGUAUAGGAAAAACUUUCUUCUCWCAAAAACUCGYGAGAGACUGGUCGACGAAUGACAUAUCUAUCCMYGAUAUCAAGUUCACCUACCUGAUAACRUUCAGGCAACUUGUCCUGCUUGGCAACAAAGAGCUUACCCUCAGAGAACUACUAAACCGCUCCCCUYUGUUAAACGAAAGAACCAUGAUAGACGAGACACUGAUAGAUUAUAUGAUUCAACACCCAGAGCAGUUAUUUAUCAUCUUUGAUGGAUUGGAUGAAUACAAUGACCCUCGCACAAUAGUCGCAARAGAUGAAUGCGAAUUUCCAAAUGAUGCUAAAGCCAAAAUGCCAGUAGCUGUUCUUGUCAGAAAGUUAAUUUACAAAAAGAUCUUUAAAGAUGCAACCAUCAUGGUAACCUCAAGACCAAAUGAAGCGAACGAGCUGAACGAAGGAGUCCACUUUGAUCGACAUGUACAAAUUGAUGGCUUUUCCGAAUCCCAGGUUAUCGAAUAUGUUAAGAAUUAUUUCAACUCAAAACCUGAGGAAGAAGUGACGGAAGAAGAAAAAAAGAUGGCACUCGAAAAGCUCAAAGAAUCGACAGAGUACUUGAGAUUGGGACGUGUCCCUCUAAGAUGCUUCCUAAUUUGCCUUGUCAUCGAAUCGGAAAUCAAAAACCAACGUUCUGGUAAUAUUUCAGCUCCACUGACACUAACAGAAUUUUAUUCUGAAGUUAUUUAUCGCAUAGAAAGAUAUUACAAUAGAAAAAUUAGUAAUUUAGGCAAGAAAAACGCUCCGUCAGCUGUUAAAAAAGCUCUCRAUAGUCUUGCUAAAUUAGCAUUUCACUUAUUUCAACAACGCAAAUUUAGCUUCACAUUUGAAGAAUUAGAAAAACUGGAAUUAACGAAGGAUGAAUURACAUAUAUAACAUCAAGUAGUCUUCUAUCUUGUUACCCAAUUAAGGGAAAUGAGAAUCCAGAUACCKCCUCUGAGGUGUAUUCGUUCGCUCAUUUAACGAUCCAAGAAUUUUUGGCUGCUCGUUACUUGGUGACGGAGAAGAGAGUGRCAGAAAUGACGGAAAUGGUGUAUAUAUUCAUUGGUGGUUUACUGGGCGCAAAAAAGAAGGGUAAUGAUGAAAUGAUGUCAAAGCUCUUAGAGUGUGUAGAUCAACAUGUAUACGAAAAUUCUGAAAAGGUUGGUACGCGAAAAAGACUUGUMUCACUGCUAUGCCUUCACCAGUAUGGACAAGAUCAACAUUUCACGUCUCAAGUUCUAACUGCAAACCGUCACUACAGAUACUGGAAUAGUCAUGGAAUGAUUGARUUAGAUGGUGUAACMGAUAGGGACUGCAGUGCACUUGCAAUGUUAUUAGAUAAAUUAACUGCUGCAUCACUUUUGUCGCAACCAGAAACCUUAUGUGGUGCCGCAUUURCAACGUUAAUARAUAAAUCAGCUCUUGCRYUAUUAUCACCACUUAGUAAGUUGUGUAAUACUCUUGUCAUUUUAGCAGAUAAAUCAAAUGUUUCACCGCCAACACCACCACACACAUUGCACAUUAGAGGGUCAUCUUUAACUUGUUCUGGGUUAAACUAUCUUCUAUCAUCUCUCACUGAAUCAACUAUCACUGUAUUGAUGCUGCCGGCUUGUGAAUUAGACGAUAAGUGUGCUCAGUGUUUAGGUGAAUAUUUAUGCACAUCMAAAAUWACCACGCUCAACCUGACCGAAAACAAAAUAUCUGAUAAUGGAGUGGAGCAUAUCGUGUGUCACCUUCCAGAAUGCCUAACCGACCUAAACUUGUCUCGCAAUAAACUAACUGAUGCUGGAGUGAACUAUGUCGUCAAUCACUGCGCCGGUAAUCUAGAAGUGCUUUGYUUGACUAGCGGCAAUAAGGCAGUGUCUGAUGAUUGUAGGAGGACAAAUAGGAAUUACUGUGAAAAUAAAUAUCCUUCUCUUACGUUUUUCAUAUAAAUAAUGUUAUUUUACAAAAUAGAGAUUCAUAAAAAGUAAACUUUGAAACGAUACUUUUUGAUAUUUUGCAGUUAACGUAGGUUUUGCAAGUAUAGGUUAAUGCUUUGGCUGUAAUUCAACAAUUUUUACUAUGCAUAUGAGUCUAUAUUAAUUGUUAAUUUUUUUGUGGAAAUAAAGGUUUUGAAUCGUU